AGAUGAACCAGCUGGGGCGGUGCAGCGUCGUGGGCUGCUGUUGUUGUGGGGGUGGGGACGCGGGGUCCGGCGCGUGGAUGCUGCGGUGCAUGGUGUGUUUGUGUGUGUGUGGAUGUGUUUGAACUAGGUAGGUAGUAAAUUGAAGUGAUGGAUAGAUAGCAGUAAGAACAGUAACGGAGACGAUGGAGAAAAGACAGCCCGCCGUUCAAGAAGGCGCAUUUAUAUAUGACAACCAGAGAGCAAAGCAAAGAACGAAGCAUUUGCCAGACGCAGGCGACAAAUAAACAGAAACAAAGCCAGCAGGCGCGCUGGCAGACAGCAAAACAGAUGGUCAAUCAGCCAACAGGGCAAAGACAAACAGUCUCAAACCCCCCAGACAAGCACAAUGCAUAUCCAAGAUCCCCACCUAGUUCUAUCCCGCAGCAGCCGCCGCCCGCUUGCAUCGCGCAUCUCCCCGCCACGAGACAGACGGCUCAGGCAGGCGUGUCAAACGCGCGGCGGCGCGGCUUCGUGCAGCUCAAAUGGCCUUUGUGCUACCUGCCUACCGCGGUGGACUGCUUGCUCGUCGGCGAUCGAGUUUUUUUUUUCUUGUCUGAAAGAGAGAUGGAAGAAAUGUGACUGUUGCGAGGAAAAGAGAUCGGGGUACUUACCGUCGUACAUACCUGGAGCCAGCGUGCAUGCGAUCCAGGAUGGAGAUGGAAGACGACUGCGGUGCACCACUCAACACCAUCCACCUAGUCGUAGCCGAAGCAACCAGACCAGACUCUUACUCUCCCUUCCAUCAAAACACUGCUCACCUUCAAUCACCCCAAACCACCCCCUCAAACCCACCCCCAUUCCACACCCUCUCCUUACCACCCACCUCUCCUUCUCCCCUUCCCCCCGCCCC